AAAGUUUUUGGCUGCAGUCGGCGUGGUUCUCUUCUUGUCAGGCAGUGGACGUGCAGGAGUUCUCGAGCACCUUACAACACCAACUUUCUGGACCAAAAGAUGUCUGCGCAAAUCAUAAGCGGGAAAGAAGUUUCGGCGCAGGUGAGGGAGCGCCUGAAGAAGGAUGUGGAAAAGAUGAAACUUCAUGACCCCAACUUCAGACCUGGUCUCGUAGUUUUACAGGUUGGAGACCGGGAGGAUUCUAACUUGUAUAUUAGCAUGAAGUUGAAGGCAGCAGCAGAGAUUGGAAUAAAUGCCACACACUUGAGACUUCCCAAGACUGCAACAGAAGAGGAGGUCCUUCACAGCAUCACUGAAGUGAAUGAGAACUCGUCGGUCCACGGCCUCAUCGUGCAGCUGCCCUUGGACUCAGUUCACAAGAUCGACACAGAGAAGGUCACUAACGCAGUAGCCCCUGAGAAGGAUGUAGAUGGGCUAACUAGUAUAAAUGCAGGGAAGCUGUCUCGUGGGGACUUAGGCGAUUGCUUCAUCCCCUGCACACCAAAUGGUUGCAUGGAGCUCAUCAGACAGACUGGUGUGACCGUCGCAGGAAAGAGAGCUGUGGUGCUUGGUCGCAGUAAAAUCGUGGGAGCUCCCAUGCACGACCUUCUGCUGUGGAACCACGCCACUGUCACAACCUGCCACUCUAAAACAGCUGAUCUAGCUGGAGAGGUGGGUAAAGCAGACAUCCUGGUUGUGGGCAUUGGGAGAGCAGAGAUGGUGAAAGGAGAUUGGAUCAAGAAAGGAGCAGUGGUCAUCGACUGUGGCAUUAACCACAUUCCAGAUGAAACUAAACCAAGUGGAAAGCGAGUGGUGGGUGAUGUUGAGUAUGCCACAGCCAAGGAGCAGGCUGGAUUUAUCACCCCGGUGCCCGGCGGUGUUGGACCUAUGACUGUCGCCAUGCUAAUGUCGAACACAGUGCUGAGUGCGAAGCGUUUCCUGGAGAGCCAUCAGCCAGGGAAGUGGGACAUUUCUUACACCAAACUCAACUUGCAGAAGCCUGUGCCAAGCGACAUUGUGAUUUCUCGCUCCUGUGUGCCCAAACCCAUCGACCGGCUAGCCAGAGAGGUGGGGCUGCUCAAUGAUGAGGUGGAGCUGUACGGCAAGACUAAGGCCAAGGUCCAGCUGAAUAUCAUCAAACGACUUCAGGCCCAGCCGGACGGCAAAUACGUGGUGGUCACUGGCAUUACACCCACCCCUCUGGGUGAGGGAAAAAGCACCACCACCAUUGGCCUGGUUCAGGCUUUGGGAGCCCACAUGAAGCUCAAUGUGUUUGCAUGUGUCCGUCAGCCCUCUCAGGGUCCAACCUUUGGCAUAAAAGGUGGCGCUGCUGGAGGAGGAUAUUCUCAAGUCAUUCCAAUGGAGGAGUUCAACCUCCAUCUCACUGGUGACAUUCACGCCAUCACAGCUGCAAACAACUUGGUGGCUGCAGCCAUCGAUGCGCGCAUGUUCCAUGAGGCUACACAAUCCGACAAGGCUUUGUAUAACCGUUUAGUGCCGCUCAGUGGAGGACAGAGGAAGUUCUCUCCAAUCCAGAUUAACAGAUUGAAAAAACUUGGCAUAGAAAAGACUGAUCCCUCCACACUGACUGAAGAAGAGAUCACCCGCUUUGCCCGUCUAGACAUCGAGCCAAGUUCAGUCACAUGGCAGAGAGUGUUGGAUACCAAUGAUCGAUUCCUGAGGAAGAUUACCGUCGGCCAGUCCUCUACUGAAAAAGGACACACAAGAGAGGCCCAGUUUGACAUCACAGUGGCCAGUGAAAUCAUGGCAGUACUCGCUCUCACUAGCAGCUUAGACGACAUGCGACGGCGCCUAGCCAAGAUGGUGGUGGCCACUAGUCGCAGUGGUGAGCCAAUCACCACUGAGGACCUGGGUGUGAGUGGAGCUCUUGCUGUGCUCAUGAAAGAUGCCAUCAAGCCAAACCUGAUGCAGACCUUGGAGGGGACCCCUGUGUUUGUCCAUGCUGGUCCAUUUGCCAACAUCGCCCACGGUAACUCCUCCAUCCUGGCCGACAAAAUAGCUCUGAAGCUGGUGGGACCUGACGGCUUUGUAGUGACUGAAGCUGGCUUUGGUGCUGAUAUCGGUAUGGAGAAGUUCUUUAACAUCAAAUGUCGCUACUCCGGCUUGAGACCCCACGUGGUGGUACUAGUGGCCACCGUCAGAGCUCUGAAGAUGCACGGAGGAGGACCAACAGUCACUGCUGGGAUGCCAUUGCCCAAGGAGUACAUUGAAGAGAACCUGGAGCUGCUGGAGAAGGGUUGCAGCAACAUGAGGAAGCAGAUAGAGAAUGCACAGCACUUUGGCGUCCCAGUGGUGGUGGCUGUCAAUGGUUUUAAGACGGACACUGAGGCUGAGCUGGACUUGGUCUGCAGCAUGGCUAAAGCUGCUGGGGCCUUCGAUGCUGUGCGCUGCUCCCACUGGGCUGAGGGCGGAGCUGGUGCUGUGGCCCUCGGUGAGGCGGUGCAGAGGGCCUCCGAGGCUCCAAGCAGCUUCAAGUUCCUGUAUGAAUUGGAGCUCCCUAUCACUGAUAAGAUCCGAAUAAUCGCCCAGAAGAUCUACGGAGCGGACGACAUCGAGCUUCUCCCAGAGGCUCAACACAAGGUGGAGCUCUACACCAAACAGGGUUUCGGCAAUCUGCCAAUGUGCAUGGCCAAGACUCACCUGUCACUCUCUCAUGAGGCUGACAAGAAGGGCGUACCCAAAGGGUUCAUCCUGCCAAUAAGAGAUAUCCGAGCCAGCGUCGGUGCAGGCUUUCUGUUCCCCCUGGUUGGAACGAUGCCAACAAUCCCUGGUCUGCCCACCAGGCCUUGUUUCUAUGAUAUUGACUUGGACCCUGAGACUGAGCAGGUCAACGGGCUCUUCUAAAGCAAAGCUCUGCAGCAUGAAGAUGCCCCUGCCCCUGCCCCACCCUGGCACCCCCAUCUGAUCCAUAACAAAACAUCAUGGUGUGAUAACUGGAAGUUUUUUGAGCUCAUCUGCUGGUUCUGUUUGUACUUUUCAAUCUUAGUUUGCCCAUAUUGUUCCUGAAAUGAAAAUACAUAAACGGAAAAAAUCACUGAAAAAUUGAGCCCCCUCAGUCUGAACAAGAGUCUUUGUCAGUGGGUCCUAUCGACGUAUAUUUUCACAUCCUAGCCAAACAAUGCUUGUUAUCCAAAACACCCAGUCAUCUGAAAUCUUGUGUUAACUUUCCAUUUCUAUUUGUGCACUACACCAAGGGCCACUGUCUGUAUUAAUCUACUGAAACUGCACAGAAUGACUUACACUUUAGAUGGUGUUUUUAUAAGACUUUAUUUGUAAGUAAUGCAAGACUAUGACUGUCCUGUGUCCAAGCAAAUUAUUAAUGCUGCCUAACAAUGGCAGAGUAACCACUGCUGUGAAAAUGAACUGUCUCAAUGCUGUAAAUCAAUGGUUUCAACAAUUUGUGUCAGAAAAGAUAAAAUAAAAUGUUCUACAAGGAAAGAAACA